UUACAGCCUCACAACAAGCUCGAGCCCACACAAGCUACACAACGUCCAGUGCGCGGCUGCCGUCCUCCAACGUCCCGUCGUCCUUUUAACUGACGAAAAACAGCUCUUUAUUAGUCAAAAAAUCUGGCAAAAAUAGCAGCAAUGAAGGAGCAGGCGCGUGUUUUCCUAUGGCUGCAACUUUUCACAGCUUGUUUGGUGUUUGGAGUGAACGGUGAUUACUGUAAGGUGAAUGUGUGCAGUAAUGGCGGAACCUGUGUGGCCGGGGCAGGAGCUCCGUUCAUCUGUAUCUGCCCUGAUGGCUUCUCUGGAGAAACCUGCAAUGAGACUGAGACUGGGCCCUGCAACCCCAACCCGUGCAAGAAUGAUGCCAUCUGCGAGGUGACAGGCCAGACCCGCAGAGGCGACGUCUUCAACGAGUAUGUCUGCAAGUGCCAGCCGGGUUUCGAGGGAGUCCACUGCCAGAACAGUGUCCAAGGGGCAGAUUUAAGCUCUAAAAAAGAUGUGAACGACUGCGCUGGCCAGCCAUGUGAGAAUGGCGGCGUCUGCAGGGACCUGGAAGGAGACUUUAAAUGCCACUGCCCGUCCCCUUAUGUGGGCAAACAUUGCCAACUGCGCUGUAUUUCCCUACUCGGCAUGGAGGGAGGAGGAAUCGCUGAGUCCCAGAUCUCAGCCUCCUCAGUCCGCUACAGCAUGCUGGGGCUGCAGCGCUGGGGCCCUGAGCUGGCUCGCCUCCACCACAAGGGACUGGUCAAUGCCUGGAGCGCCGCUGCACAUGACAGGAACCCAUGGAUAGAGAUCAACAUGCAGAGGAAGAUGCGCUUUACAGGUAUCGUGACACAAGGUGCCAGUCGCAUUGGGACAGCUGAAUUCAUCAAGGCCUUUAAGGUGGCAUCCAGCAUGGACGGCAAAACAUACACAAUGUACAGAAUUGAUGGAGAGAGGAAGGACCGCGUAUUUGUGGGAAAUGUAGACAACGACGGUACCAAGACCAACCUGUUUGACCCCCCAAUCAUCGCUCAGUACAUCCGCAUUAUUCCUGUGGUGUGUCGCAAGGCCUGCACUCUGCGCAUGGAGCUGGUUGGCUGUGAGCUCAACGUGUAUUCAAACACUUCAGGUUGUUCAGAGCCGAUGGGCAUGAAGUCCCGGUUGGUGUCCGACCGCCAGAUCACGGCCUCCAGCACCUUCCGCACCUGGGGCAUCGAAGCCUUCACCUGGCACCCUCACUACGCCCGUCUGGACAAACAGGGCAAGACCAACGCCUGGACCGCCGCCACCAACAACAGAUCUGAGUGGCUGCAGGUGGACCUGCAGUCUCCCAAGAAGAUCACAGGAAUCAUCACACAGGGGGCCAAAGACUUUGGAUCCAUCCAUUUCGUCACAGCCUUCAAAGUGGCUCAUAGCGAUGACGGACAGUCCUGGACCAUAGUGAAGGAUGAGACCACAAAAACAGACAAGAUCUUCCCAGGCAACAGCGACAACAACGUUCACAAAAAGAACAUCUUUGAGCCGCCGUUCUACGGCCGAUAUGUCCGCAUCCUGCCGUGGGAGUGGCACGAGCGCAUCACCCUGCGAAUUGAGCUUCUGGGCUGUGACGAGUAGCUCCACCCUUGACGCAUUUCCCUCCUCUUCCUCCUCCUCCUCCUCCUUUCUCUACCUCCUCCCCCCUUCCCUCCUCCUUUUCCCUCCCUCCCUUCCUCCUCCUGAGCCACACCUGCACUGCCUUGCUCUCAGCCCUAGGGGGCAGCAGACACCAGAGUAGCACACCACCACCUGAAUCCUUACUGGUUGAAGGUGGGACAUGUUACCCCUAACCACUGUUACCAGGGCAAUAACUGAGUUAAACUCAUGUGUGUCCCCUCUUUAUUAAUUUACUGAACUGAUCACUAAUCAUCUUUUCCACCUGAACCAGAUGUGUGAUCACUUCAAAUAAAAAACAAAAAACAAACAGGUAGCAUAUCUUCUUUUUUCACUAAGCAGAGCUGGGGUCAGAUCUUAUCCCACCUGCUGGCUAAAUCAAAGUUGGUGACUCCCUCAUCCCUGUGUCAGAGGUCAGGGGUAACAGGACUGCUGCUGUAUCAGUUGGUGCUGCCUGAACUCUGAUCCUAGAUCAGCUCUACCUGGAACGUUGAACCUCCAAGACCCACGGCUGGUGAUGUACAUAAGCUCCUCUAAACAGCUUGCACACGUCCUGUAACCAAACACUUCAUCUCCCCUCAAGAUACACAGAAUAUAUUUUAUCUUUAAAGAUAACAUUGAUACUUCUGGCUGAUUAUUUUUCUUCAUCAAAAAGUUAAUCUGUAUAAGUUGCUUGUUGCUCAUUUGUCAUUUAUUUACAAGAUAGCUUAAAACCACUUUAUAGCCAAUUUUGAGGCGGUUUUCUGUUUGUUGAGGAAAAAUAAGUAAACUAAAAAAGCUCAUGGUGUCCAACUGUGUGAGGUGCAGUAUUCCUAGUAUUUCCUUGCAGUGGUAUGGACUGUAAAAAGGUGUAAACAUCGCGUUCACUUCAGUAAAACUUACAUUAUACAUGUAGCAGCCAAUAACAGAGAGCGGAAAUCCCCCUAUUUCCAUAAAUCCUUACCUUUACUGAAACAUUAUACAAAACUUCAACUUUUCAAGUUUUCAGUUCAGCUUUUGUAUCUAAUUCUGUGUCAGGCGACAUCCUCUCCGAGCUGGUUUUUGGCCAAAUCAGAGUCAUGGUGGACUCACACAGACACAGAGAGGAUUCAGACAAAUUACAUCUCUGUCAUUGUGGGACACAAUCUGUCAAUGAACCAUCACAGUCAGUUUAGCGGCCAAACAGAUGUGAUCUCAGAGCCAUAGGAGACGCCCUCAUUGACAGACAGGAUGUUAAAAACAAAGGACAAAUAGAGCUUGAGAUCAUUGUUCAGUGAGAGAUAAAAGAGCCUCUUUAUUGCUGUUGAGGAAAUGAACAAAAGCUGUUACACAUACUGUUGUCAUUAGCUGACACGACAUGUUUAGCUGAAAAACAUGGACACUCUACUCAACAAGUAAUGUUUUAAAGUCUUGCGCUAUAAAAAUUAUUUCACCUUUGGCAAUACAUUUUUUUAGUUUCUGACAUAUUACAUUAUCAACAUGAUCAUACAUAUACAUAUAUAUAUAUAUAUAUUUUACAUGUGACAGUUAAUACAGUUUUUCAUGUUAUUGGCUGCUACAGCAGAUGUGUAUCAUCAUAUCAAAAAAAGUCACAUUUAUGGUGAGUGUAUAGAUAAUUAGUCUAAUCUUGUACAGGCUGUUUGAAGUAGAACGAUUAUGGACGGAAGCACGUGUUGAAAUUUUUCUCCGCGUCUGUGAUUCUCAGAAGCACUUCAGAUCUGUAAAUCCAUUUUCUCUUUAUUGCUGAUUUGAUUCUUGGAAUGACAGACGGUUAUCAGUGUAUUAUACAUCAAAAAAAAAAGUGUUUUGCCAGAAUGACAGUAUUAAAUCAAUGUAAUAAUAAUCCAAGACUUAGAUUUAGAAAACGUUAAUGUCCUCUAAGAGGCAAUGUAUGGUUCGAAUGCAUAUAUUACUAAUUGGCUAGUAAACUGAGAGAUUAACAGUAGUGUCUAGGCUGCGUGUUCAAAAUUAAUGAUGGAUGUUAUCGUCUCAGGUCACAGCAGAUCUGCUCCUCGUGUACAUUAAAUGCUACUGAAAUGCUUAAUACACACAACAACAUGUAAUUAAUUCACUCGGCUGUGCUUCUAGUUGUGUUUCACCCAGUUUCAUUUUUUUUAUGGCACUUUGAUGUUUGUUUUUUUUUGACAUUUGAAAUAUCCAGAAACCAAAAAGAAAAAAAGGAACAGUAUUGUGCAUUGAAGAACAAACAUUAAACAUAGUCAACAUCAUUACAUGUAGAGGUAAGAAAAAAAAAAAGAAAAGAGACUUGCAGUUCAGUUUCUUUUGUUAGAUUAAACUGAGUUCUGCUUUGGUUGUUUAGUGUUUGAUAUGUGACACGUAAAUAUACAAUAGUUUUGUACUGGGAUCUGUUCACAUGAGUAGACGUUAAUGUUUGCUGCAGACCGUCUAUUUUGGGUCCAACAAUAUGCCUCCAGUUCAAAGCUGCGGCCCUGCUGAUAAGACUGUAAGAGAGAAACCAAAUUAAAACUGAUUUUUUACGGUUCCACUGGACAUGUGACACGAGCCGCCACAUCAUCCGCUUCUGUCGCGCCCCCCGUCACAGUAUUCUAAACCUUUCCACCCCAUGAAUUAUGAAUUAUGGGCUUGUGCAAUAUUAUACUGUGUUAGUUUUGAUAACAAUGAAUAUUAAUUCAGCGUUCGGGCAAGAUCCUUAAAAAAUGCAUGAGGGGGAUAGCAGUGCCACUAAGAGGUCGAUGACAGAUGUUGGUGUCAAACACUGUACAAUAUUUAUUAUUGUUGCAGACGAGUCCAUAAGAAGUCACCCUUGUUAUCUGAGUCUGCAUGCAUUUUAUUGACUAGUGAUGCUCAGUUUAAAGUUGACACUCAUUUGAAUUCAUUGGUGACAUUACUUUUUUUUUUUUAAGUUGUUCAUCAACAUUCAAGUUAUUGUAGAUAUAUAUUGUUUCCCAGCUGUUCAGGUUUUCUAUGAUUGAUUAAAAAAAUUGAUGAUAUUGAUGUGUUUUUAUGGUAUUAUAUGGGUUCUUGCUAUACUGACUGUUGACCUCAUAGACUUUUGACUGGAUUUGAAGCUUUUUUUUAUUAUUAUUAUUCCAGUAAUGUGUUUCUAAGAGGAUUCCUUUGUUUGGCCUUUGUAUCUUAAAAUGAAGAAUAAAUAAAGAAUUAAAAACUGCA